CAAGCUUCCUUGAACCGCAAGACGCCAUUGCCGGCUCGCCUUGUUUUUUUCUACUUUGCAUUUGUUUCUAUUCUCAUUAGGAACGGUCUUCAAUUCUCACAAUGCUGUCCUCUCGCGUCGCCCGCGCCGGCCUGCGUGCCUCCUCCAACUUCCAACUCUCCCGAUCGGCCUUUGCAACUGGCUUGAGGAGUUACGCUGCUGCUGCUGCGCCAGACACGCGCCCUCCUGUUGCUUUGUACGGCGUUGAUGGCACUUAUGCCAGUGCUCUGUUCACCGCGUCCGCCAAAACCUCGUCUCUCGACCAAGUCGCCAAAGCACUCGCCCAACUCGGCGAAGUAUUCCAGCGAGACCCCAAACUCACCACGAUCCUGAACGCGCCUACCCUCAGCGUCGGCGAUAAGAAACAGAUCGUGCAGGAAUUGCAGAAAGUCGCGGGAGGAGCCGACAAGGGCGAGAUUCUGAAGAACUUCCUUAAUACCCUUGCGGAGAACAAUCGAUUGGGGCUGUUGGAGGGUGUGGUUGAGAAGUUUGAGACGUUGAUUAGUGCGCACAAGGGUGAGAUUGAGUUGAAUAUUACCAGUGCUCAGGAACUUGAUACCAAGACUAUCCAACGCAUUGAGAAGGCUGUGGCCAAGUCUGAGUUCAGCCAGGGCAAGAAACUCAAGGUUGUCCCCAAGGUCAACCCCGAUGUCGUCGGCGGUCUGAUCGUCGAAGUUGGUGGCCGCACUAUCGACCUCAGCGUCUCGACCAAGAUCAACCGCCUGAACAAGGCCCUCACCGAUGCACUGUAAAUUAGCCUAGCAGAAGAUUUUAUGGUACACAUAUCAUCCACCAAAAAGUACUCGAACAACAUUCAUAUCGAAGAGAAUACUAUACUUUGAUAUGGAUUGAUUGAUGUACUACAUGUAUUGCAUCGUGUAUUUUUUUUUCUUUCUGUCGGAUUUUUAGAUUAUUGUUAGCAGAAUCGACAUAUUUCCUUUGUAUAUACUAUACACACUACAUUCAAUAUAGCUAUUGAUGUUAGUUGA